GAACGCGGCGCGCCCCGCGCGGAUACAGUGUAGCCAGCGCCGGGCAGCGCCUUAAAGGGGCCGCCGCAGCCGGACGGGCCGCCGCGGACUGAGCCGGGAGGCGACCCCAGCCAUGCGGGGCGGGGAAUGGAGCCGGCGGAGCUCGACGUGCUGGGGCUGCGGGAGCAGCUGUUCCACGAGCGGGUGCGGGAGUGCCUGAUCUGCACGCUGCUCUUCGCCAGCCUCUAUAUCCUGAGCCACUUCGUCAUAACCCGCUUCAAGAAACACACGGACUUCGCCACAGUUGAGGAUGACGAGGAUGCUGCUGUCGACAGAAUUGCGCUGUCGCUGUGCACCUUCACGCUGGCCGUCUCGCUGGGCGCCCUGCUGCUGGUGCCCUUCUCCAUCCUCGCCAACGAGGUACUGCUGCUCUUCCCGCACAACGACUACAUCCAGUGGCUGAACGGCUCGCUGAUCCACGGCCUCUGGAACCUGGUCUUCCUCUUCUCCAACCUCUCCCUGGUCUUCCUCAUGCCCUUCGCGUAUUUCUUCACCGAGGCCGAGGGCUUCGCGGGAUCCAAGAAGGUACCAGCUGCCGGGUCUGUCUCCCCCGCUGCCCUUGGUGCCACCCGCGCCGUGUUAAAUUCUACCCCCCCGCCCCCCCCGCAGGGCAUCCUGGCCCGAGUCUACGAGACCUUCGUGGAGCUGCUGCUGCUGACCCUGCUGGUGCUGGGGAUGGUCUGGGUGGCGUCAGCCAUUGUGGACGAGGACACGGGCAGCCGGGAAUCCCUCUACGACCUGUGGGAAUACUACCUCCCCUACCUCUACUCCUGCAUCUCGCUCUUUGGGGGGCUGCUGCUGCUGUUGUGCACGCCUGUCGGCCUCUCCCGCAUGUUCACCGUCACCGGGAAGCUGCUGGUCAAGCCCAGGCUGCUGGAGGAUCUGGACGAGCAGCUGAACUGCACAAGGUUCGAGGAAGCUGCCCUCUCCCGCAAGAUCUCUGCCAGUCCCACCUCCUGCUGGCUGAACUUGAGCGCGGCCGUGCUCCAGGAGCAGUUCCUGGCCAUCCAGAGCCGGAGACUGGCGCUGGAGCUGCGGCGCUGUGCCUCGCCCUGGCAGCGGAACCUGGCCUACCCCCUGGCCAUGCUGUGCCUGCUGGCGCUGACGGCCAUCUCUGUGCUCGUCGUCUGUUUUCACACGCUGGAGCUGCUGCUGGAUGAUGCCGCGAUGCCGCGGGGGAUUCAGGACGCACCCCUGGGGCAGGUCUCCUUCUCCAUCUUCGGGUCCUUUGGCGCCGCCUUGCAGGUGGUUCUCAUCUUCUAUCUGAUGAUCUCCUCCGUUGUGGGCUUCUACAGCUCCCCCCUGUUCACGAGGCUGCUCCCCGUGAGGCAGGAUACCCCCAUGACCAAGAUCAUUGGGAACUGUGUGUCCCUGCUGGUCCUCAGCUCCGCGCUGCCCGUCUUCUCCAGAACGCUGGGACUCACGCGGUUUGACCUCCUGGGCGACUUUGGCAGGUUUAACUGGCUGGGGAAUUUCUACAUUGUUUUCUUCUACAACAUGCUCUUCGCUGCCCUCACCACACUGUGCCUGGUGAAGAAGUUUACGUGGGCUGUGCGGGCCGAGCUCAUCCGAGCCUUCGGUUUGCACAAGCUGCCCCUGCCCGUGACGCGCACCCGCCAGCCCAGCAAGCUCUGCUAGGACGAGUCUGGCGCCAGCCAACGAUGGGAAAUGGGGGCUGCUGCGGCCCCUCCAGGCCAUGGGGCGGGGGGGCAGCCCCCCCUGCCCCCCCCCCCGACUCGAUGGAUUUAUUUGUGUCUCCUGCAUUCUGAGCCGAAGGGGCGGGGCCUGGCUGACUCCGCCCAAUGGUCUGCUGGCGAGGAGGGGCCGGUAUCCUCCUGUGGUGCGGAUGCUGCAAAGGGAUGGGGCGGAUCGAGGGCCCCCCCCCCCAUUUGAUCCCCGGCGGGGGGGAGACAGGAGAAUUCUCUGCUGCUGAGCUGUUUCCCCCCCCCACCCCCUCCAGUCCUCCCCCCACUGCUGCAGCCUCCUGGGGGGGAAGGCAGCUCCAGGCACCCUGCAGGAAGAUGUCGGGGACUAUAAUGGGAGCUGUUGGCCAGCAGGGGGCGCUGUGGGGGGCAGGGCACUGGCUAUGGGGGCAGCUCCCUGCGAGCCCAGUCCCAGCCUCUCCCAGCAGGGGCCGCUGCGGGGAGCGGGGGUUUAGCAGGUGCAGAAGCUGCCUCACUAGAGUUGUUGCCCCGAGCCCCCCAGGGCCCGGCCCUGCCCCGUGCAGACCCCCCGGCGCCACGGUUACAUACCUCACUCAAGCACACUAGGUGGCCAUGGGCCGCGCAUUCGUCUGCUUCGCUGGCUGCGUUUCCUGUGUGGGCAUUUUUUAUUUUUAUUUUUUUCGAACAGCUGCUGCCCUGAUGUCUUAUGGGUGAAAGACCCCCCCGCUCUGAGACCCUCCCCUCGCCCAGUGAGCUCAGCCCCUCCCUGCUCUGUCUGCCUGCCCCCCUCAGCCCCAGGCUGCUCCUGUCCCUCUGACACUAAGUGACUUAGGACUGGCCUUCAACUGAGCGGGGCUCCCGGGUGGGGCAGGGACCCAGGGAGGUGUCGGUGGGGGUGGGGGGGUUUGUCAUUCAAACACCUGGGGGCUCCUCUUUCUCACCCUGGGUUGUAGGGGGAGGAGCUCUGGCUACAGAUACCCCUUAGCCAGCAUGGGUCAGGUUGGUGCCUGAUCCUGCCUCUGAGGGGGAGGAGUUGGGGGGGGGGGGGAAUGUAUUUGUGUGUGGGCUGUAAAUGUCAAUCCCCCUUCCCCCCCCCCCCCCCCCCCCGGCAUUAGCAUUGGGGUGGGGGGACAGAGCUGAAAGGGGUGUGGGCCUGGAUCUCCAGUCCUUCCUGCUGUAUUCCUGCCCUGAAGCAUGGGAGCCUAGGGCAAGCUUUGCUUUGUCUAAUGAGUGUGUCAGGUCUCUGCGCUGUCAGCUGAUAGUGACAGCUGAUCUGCACUGUCACUUGCUGUGUGUGUUUUUUUAUUUAAAUAAUAAAAAGUGUCUUUUAAUACAUGGUGGGAGGCUAGCGGCUUGC